UCCACGGAAAGCGUCGCGACGCUUUCAGACGCGCGUUACCUGGCUGGCACGGGGUGCGCAUGUUCGUCGGAUCAGCGCGCGGCCUCUCGUGUGGCGGUCAGCCAGCCUCUGGUGGGGGUGAGAAACGUGCUCGUCACCCUCGAGGAUCGCCUCGAGAGACUCAGUAAGCGCCGCGAGUUCGACGUGGCCGGAAGCGUUCCGCGGCAUCGCCACCGCGUCCCGAGAAGUGUUUCCUACGCCGCCGAAUCUCGAAACAGUGUGCGGGACUCUUGUCUAUCUAUCAUUCUCUUUUUCUCUUCCUCCGUUUCCAUCGCGCCUCCAUCGAGAGCCAGGAUACGAAGCAUUCCGCGCGUCGGCCGAAAGGAAGCUCGCCGCGUCUCGCGCAGGGUGCGCUAAGCCGAUAAGACUCUAGGCGCGAUCAGGCUCUCGCCAUCGGUAAUGCGUAAACCGCUGGAGCCGGCGUGUCCCAUCGGGUCCGGUGUCUCGGAUCGGCAGCUUUGAUCAUUAAAAUUCGACCAGCUCGAGACGGCCCGGAGAAAGUAAUUACUUUAAGAGGAGCUCUCGGGGCUUCGGUCCAAGUCCCCCAGAGCGGUUCUCCUCAGGGGAUCAACUCUCAUCCCUCGGUCCUCGGGGAGGCGAGCUCUAUCGCUCUCUCUCUCUAUAUAUAUAUAUUCCUCCGUUCCUCUCCGUCUCUCUUCUCUCCCCCCUCGCUCUCGUCCUCCACCCACGGAGCAAAGGAUCACCGCUAUCUGCUGGCUAGCUGACGUCAUCAAGAACAAACAAGCAGAUCGAAGAUCCGCAGGAAAGGCGAUAUCAUAUCCCCAGGAGCUGGGGGACAAAGAGUAGCCCGGGCUCUCUUUUUCGAAAGAGACAGAGAGAGAGUCACGGAGAGCAGACGCAGACUGGUGACGCCGGAGGAGGGCGAUUCAGGGUCGAAGGGCGAGUUUAAGGGCAAGAAUCGGAUUCCCGAACGGCGGCUACCUUUGAUCGCGCCCGGCCAACCGAACUCGCUCUAAUUAGCUGUCAUUCAUCGUGUUCCGUCCCCGAUCCUCUCUCACUCUCUCUCUCUCUCUGUCUCUCUUUCUCGAUCCUCUCUCGAUCGGGAACCUUCUCGUCGGGGAGGCUUCCUCGGCGUUCGAUCGCGAUGACGAUCCUCGGGCCGAGUCCUCGAGGCGUCCUGGCCGCCUGAUGUCCCCGGAGGUCCUCAGGAGAGCAGAGCCCUUCUCGACAAGCAGCCCCGUGAAACGAUGAUCGACGCCCGCUAGUGAGGAUCCACCAGGUUUUACGCGUGUUCCGCUUUUUUUCUGUGCUACGCCCGAGACCCGGCCGAAGAGAUGUGCCUGCGACACUUGCUGCUCUGCCUGCUGGGCGUCAUCGUCGUCGUCAACGGACUCGAGUCCAAUUGGGACAAGUGGUGGACUUACGACGGAAUCUCGGGUACAUCGUUUUGGGGUCUGAUCAAUCCCUCGUGGUCCCUGUGCAGCAAAGGAAAGAGACAGAGCCCCAUCAACAUCGAGCCUGACAAGCUCCUCUUCGACCGCCACUUGAGAUCCUUGUCGGUCGACAAACACAAGAUCUCCGGAAAUCUACACAAUACCGGCCAGUUUCUGGUAUUCAGGGCGGACCGGGAGGCGAAGGUGCGAGUCAAUAUAACGGGUGGCCCGUUGGCUUACAACUACCAGUUCGAGGAGAUCUACAUUCACUACGGGCUGGACAAUGAUCACGGGUCCGAGCAUCGGAUUAACAACUACGCUUUUCCCGCCGAGAUACAAGUGUACGGCUUCAACGCGGAAUUGUAUCACAACAUGAGCGAGGCGCAGCACAAGAGUCAGGGCCUGGUCGCGAUCUCGUUAAUGGUCCAGCUCGGCGAGACCCUGAAUCGAGAGUUCCAGGUCAUAACCAGCGCGUUCAACAAAGUUUUACACCGCGAUAACACAGCGCCCCUUCGCCAUCUAUCCUUGAAGAGCCUCCUGCCAGACACGGACGGCUACAUGACCUACGAGGGUAGCACGACUCAUCCCGGCUGUUGGGAGACAGUGGUAUGGCUGAUCCUCAACAAACCCAUCUACAUUACCUCGCGAGAGCUUUACGUACUAAGGAAACUAAUGCAAGGUUCGGAGGACACUCCGAAGGCACCCUUGGGAAACAAUUCGAGGCCGCUGCAGGAGCUUCAUUACAGGACUAUACGGACGAACAUCGAUUUCCGCAAGCGGAAGGACGCGAAGUGUCCCUCGAUGGCGCAGGACAUGCAUUAUAGAGAUGACUUUUUCUUUCCAGCCAACACGUGGCAGGACGAUGGCUCCCUCUCGCCCGACAUCGUCUGAACGGAGGUAACCGCGUGGCCACGGUCGCAGGCGUUUCUUUAUUUCUAAGCGAACGGCGCCGAUCGUUGUGUGUCUGCCACGGGAUUCAAAGUUCGAACGCGAUUGAUAUCAGAAACGAGAGUGAGAGAGAAAGAGACAGAGACAGACAGACAGACAAACGGAAAUAGAAAUAAAGAGAGAAAGAGAAAGAGAGACAGUGCAAAAACAAAAGCGAGAGAGAGAGAGAGAGAGAGAAGACGAAACGGCAGAGGCUUAAAAGCGAAAACGCGGAGAAACGCAGAGUGGAAAAAAGCUAAACGAGAGAGGGGUCACGGUUCAGGGAACUCGAUUCGUCCAAAUGGCGAUCGUUUUGCGUACCGAUCCGCCAUUUCUGAUUUCUCCUUGCUCCGAUCGCUCGGCGCGGAAACGGGUCGCGGACGCGAGCAAAUUCGCGGGCGCGACGGGGAAAGAAGGAGAGAAAAA